AUGCUCACAUCCAUAACUGGAAUCGCUGGUUGUAUCCUCACAACUGCUCAACUGCCUCUCGGCGCUCUCCGUCGCAAACUUCGCCGCGAUCAUCGCAAGUAUCUUAUGACGGCAUCGGCGGCAGUUUUAGUGGAGUUUUGGGUGACCAGAAAACACGGCAUUCUCGCCGGACUCUUCGCUGGAGCUCUCCACUUCGUCGGAAGUCGCUUGGUCAUCCCCGGGAUCACCGGCGGGAUCGGUUCUGGGAAGUCCACGGCGGUCGCAUAUCUAGAGGCGAAAUAUAAUGUCCAGGUUAUCGAUGCGGAUAAGAUAGCUCGAGAAAUCAUGGAGCCGGGCCGUCCAGCAUUUAAUGAAGUAGUUGCUUCAUUCGGAGACGGAAUAGUAACUCCUCAAGGCCAAAUCAACAGGCAGAAAUUGGGCGAACUUGUUUUCGCCGAUGCAAAAGCUCGAGCCUUGCUGAAUACAAUAACUCACAAGCAUAUAAUUAUAACUAUGCUUUGGCGACUUUUCUCCUAUCGUGUGCUUCCCCCCUACAACAAGCCUCCGAUAGUGAUGGACGUGCCUCUGCUGCUCGAGACGCCGGGGCUUUCGUGGGUCUGCGACCCGGUGGUUGUCGUCUAUGUGGACCCCCAAACUCAGUUGGAUCGUCUNNNNAUCCGCAAAACCCCUCAAAGUAGUAGUAUACAUUUGAAUGAAGCGGUGAUUGAUGUCGACGGUGCUCCUGCAGCUGCUACCAUGGACACUGGAGACAAUAGCUGA